AUGGGUGCUGCACAACACAGUGGCAUGGCGUUGAGCAAGGAUAUAUCGGGGCGCAGCGUCGACAUCGAAGCAGCAGCACGAGCGACGCAGCGUGCGGAUGACGGCGGCGACAUUUGCGCCACCACCAGCAUUUUCAACAUCUACAGCCGGCGGCAAAAAGCUGCCACCCUGCUUGUGUGCAGCCUUGGGACGUGCCUAGUGCCCGUGUCGGACACGAUCUACCUGCCGGCGUUGGCUGCGGUGCAGCGGGACCUAGGCACGACAGACACCUUGGUGGCCACGUCUGUUGCAGUGUACAUGUACAUGGUCGGUCUGGGCGCGCUGCUGUUCGGCCCCACUGCCGACAAGUUUGGGCGGCGCAUCACGCUGCUGGGCUCGACAGCGCUGUUCACCGCACUGUCUCUGGUCACGGUGUUCUCCAAAAACAUCGGAAUGCUGCUGGUGCUGCGUGCGCUGCAGGGCUUUGUGGUGUCGUCCUGCUCGACCACCAGCAACGCCAUCCUGGCCGACAUCUUCGCCCCCUCUGAGCGCGGCAAGGCAAUGGGCAUCGCCUCCAUCCCCUUCCUGGUCGGGCCAGUGAUUGGCCCCCUGCUGGGCGGCGGCUUGUCGCAGUCGCUCGGGUGGCGCAGCACCUUUGCCGCGCUCACUAUCGCCGGCGGCCUCGUGCUAAUCGUGCAGCUUCUGGUCAUACAGGAGACGCACCACUUCUACGCAGCGCGGCGCGUCAGGGCCAGCAAGGGUGGCGAGGCGGUCGUUUUUGUGGAGGAAAUCCAUGCGCCCCACUUUGAUCCGCCCUACCAACCUCUAUGGCACCUGGUUGAUCGUCACAUAGCUCCUUUUGCCAUUGUGACGGUCACCCUGUUCGCGUGCAUGUUCUCCACCAUGAUCAUCCUGCCCAUCGUGCUGUCGCUGCCCCCCUACAGCUUCAGCGAGAGUAUAAUCGGCGUUGCCACCGGCGUCCCCUUUGGCGUCGGCGGCCUGAUCGCCGCCCCCAUCGGCGGCCUCAUGGCGGACCGCUGCGCGCGCCGCUGGGCCGGCGCCCUCGAGGGCCGCAUGGUGUACGCCACCAUCAUGGCGCUGGCGGUGUUCCCGUUGGGGGCACUGCUGUUUGGGUGGGGCAUGCAUUUCACAAUUCCCGCAGCUGCGGCCCUGCUGGGCGGCUUCUUCAUCAACUUCUCGAUGACAUCACACAUGCCGGCCACCAUGAGCCUCAUCUCAAUACACAAGCAGCGCUAUGCGGCCGCGGCAGGGGGCGGCCUCCAUGCGCUGCAGUUCAUCGCCGCUGGCGUGCUUGUGCAGGCAACUCCGACUGGCACCGCUGCCAUGGGAGUGGGCCCCUGGAUGUCGAUGCUUGUGGGCGUUGCCAUCGCCGUCACCAUCAUUUCGGGCGUCAUUGUGGUGACUUCUAUCCGAGCUGCACCGGCUGCCUCUGCGGCGGGUGGCUCCCCCGCUCCGCGCGACGAGGAGGAGGCGUCCGCAGUCGGCCCCAGCAGUAGCCAAGGGCCCGCGCCGCCGGUCGCCAGCAGCGAUCUCGGCAGCCAUGGGACCGGCCGGCCCGGGUCACCCUUGAGCCCGCCGCGGGCGCGCAGCAGUGAUGCGCCCGAUGUGCCGUCGCGUGGGGGCUCCCAGCCACAGCGACGGGCCAGCGCUGAGCUGGCGCUCGAGGCGCUUGAGGGCAUCCAGGGGGUGCAGGGGGCGUGA